CCGGCCGCGCUACCCAUGCCAUCGGAGCGCGCCUCUCCUGCCCCGGCCCAUGAUGCAGCGCGGCGGCGGCGGCGGCCCGGGCACAAGAUGGCGGCGGAGCGGCAGGGUGGCCGAGGCGGCGGCGGCGGAGCGGAGGAGAACAAGGAGAACGAGAGGCCGGCGGGGCCGCAGGCCGGGGGCCUCGGCGACAGCCUGGGCCUGGAGAUCCUGCAGAUUGUGAAGGAGUCUCAGCAGCAGCAUGGUUUACGACAUGGGGACUUCCAGAGGUACAGGGGUUACUGCUCCCGCAGGCUGAGGCGGCUCCGGAAAACUCUCAACUUCAAGAUGGGAAACAGGCACAAGUUCACUGGGAAGAAAGUAACUGAAGAGAUUCUCUCAGACAACAGGUAUUUGCUGUUGAUCCUUAUGGAUGCAGAGAGAGCCUGGAGUUAUGCCAUGCAGCUGAAACAAGAAGCAAACACAGAGCCCCGCAAGCGGUUCCACUUGCUGUCUCGCCUGCGCAAAGCUGUGAAGCAUGCUGAGGAGCUGGAGAGACUCUGUGAAAGUAACCGAGUGGAUGCCAAGACAAAGCUGGAAGCACAGGCGUACAUGGCUUACCUCACAGGGAUGCUUCGUUUUGAACACCAGGAGUGGAAGGCAGCAAUGGAGGCUUUCAACAAAUGCAAGACCAUAUAUGAGAAACUGGCCAAUGCUUUCACAGAGGAGCAAGCUGUGCUGUACAACCAGCGUGUGGAAGAGAUCUCGCCCAACAUUCGCUACUGUGCCUAUAACAUUGGUGACCAAUCUGCCAUAAAUGAGUUAAUGCAGAUGAGACUGAGGUCUGGUGGCACAGAAGGCCUUCUUGCAGAAAAACUGGAGGCACUGAUUACUCAGACUCGAGCAAAGCAGGCAGCCACGAUGAGUGAGGUGGAGUGGAGAGGAAGAACUGUCCCAGUGAAGAUAGACAAAGUGAGGAUCUUCUUGCUGGGGCUGGCUGACAACGAAGCUGCAAUUGCUCAGGCAGAAAACGAGGAGACAAAGGAGCGUUUGUUUGAGUCUUUACUCAGUGAGUGUAGAGAUGCCAUCCAGGCUGUCCGGGAAGAGCUGAAACCGGACCAGAAGCAGCGGGAGCACUCUCUGGAAAAUGACUCUGGGAAGGUGUCCAACAUCCAGUACUUACACAGUUACUUGACCUACAUCAAGCUGUCAACAGCCAUCAGGCGCAAUGAGAGCAUGGCAAAGUCUCUGCAGAAGGCCCUGCUGCAGCAGCAGCGGUCAGAAGAGGAUGGCAAACGCACACCACGGCCUCAGGACCUGAUCAGGCUUUAUGAUAUCAUUCUGCAGAACCUUGUGGAACUGACACAGCUUCCUGGCCUAGAAGAGGACAAGAACUUUCAAAAAGAGAUUGGAUUGAAGACACUUGUGUACAAGGCUUACAGGUGUUUCUUCAUUGCCCAGUCCUAUGUCCUGGUGAAGAAAUGGAGUGAAGCUCUUGUUUUGUAUGAAAGAGUGCUGAAAUAUGCCCGUGAAGUUCAGUCAGGAGCUGGAGCUUACACGAACAGCUUGAAGGAGCUGCCUGAUGUUCAGGAUCUGAUAACUCAAGUCAAUGCUGAAAAGUACUCCUUGCAAGCAUCAGCUAUACUGGAUGCAAAUGAUACUCAUGAGACUGAGUCUCCAUCACAGGUCAAGGAUGGCAAGCCUCUCUCAGAACGGUUUGAGACUUUCUGUCUGGAUCCUUCUCUGGUCAGCAAGCAAGUCAGCCUUGUGCACUUCCCUCCAGGCUUCCAGCCCAUUCCAUGCAAACCCUUGUUCUUCGACCUGGCCCUUAAUCAUGUCGCUUUCCCACCUUUGGAGGACAAGGUGGAGCAGAAAGCCAAGAGUGGCCUCACUGGAUACAUAAAGGGCAUCUUUGGAUUCAAAAGUUAACCAGGACCCCCUGAGGAACAGAGGUUUUAUCCUGUAUUGAAGGAAAAGCUCCAACAGGUUCUAAGGACGCAAAUGUCUGCAUCUGAAACCAACAAAGGGAAGUUUUACCAUCUUCUUCCCUAUGUUCUGUGUCUAUGUCUGUGCACUUACAUUCUCUCCCAGUGUAUUAAAGACAAAACAAUCUCUUACAUGUACACUAUCAAUAGCUGAAAAUAAUCUGAAGCACAGAGAAAUUCCAUCCUGCUUGGAGGAGCUGGAGCUUGCUUUGUGACUGGUUAGGGCCAGUACACAUCUACUUAUCAUGGACCAGGGCAUAGGUACAAUUUGAUUCCUCCCUCUGCCCCAUUAUUUGACACUAUAAAUUGGUAUUUUGGUCUAGAAAUUGGGGUGUGAUGGGGAACUAGAGGCAAAAGUAGGUGCAGAACUAAACCAGCAAGGUGAAGCUGCCUACAGGACAAGAAAGAGUAGACAAGGGGAUAACUUCUUUUUGCCUCCCUGAAGUCUCUGUAUUGUGAAUCAAACAGAAAUGACAAAAUAGAGCUUCCUUAUGGGUAAGGAUGGCAAAUACCUUCCCAAAUGUUAAUGGUUACCCCAGUUUUGGUAGAGUAUAACCUAAAUUUGUACUCUGAGCCAAAAGAAUCCUCCUUUAUUUGAUACACAUUUUGUUAACCCCCCAGACAGAACUAUUCCUGCAAGGCUUUUCCUGGGAAACCAGCUGAUGGGUGGCUUCAGAAGUUGCUACUUGCUCUUCAUGGGAGCUUGGGUCUCUCAAUGUUCUUUUUGUCUCUGAUCCAAACCUUGCCUGAAAACAAGAUCUUUUUCUGGAGUCCAUUUGUUGCUUUUUCCCCUCAUCCUCAGGCAGGAAAUACACCUGCAAUGAGCUGGCAACAAGAGAUCAGAAGGCUUUUGAGUGAUGGAUCUUCUCUGUUGUGCCACACAACUUUUUUAUAAUGCACCUGGGUGCUCUGAUGAAAGGCACUUUCAUGAUGGGCAAUUCCAUAAUUGUGAUCAAUGAAAUGGGAAAAAAACCCCACAGCACAUGGGCAGAACUGUUCCUGAAUAAAGAAUUUGGAGGUUUCCACCA